AUGGUCCAGCGCAACCAGAACCAGACCCCCGCCGUUGACGCGACCGAGAACAUCGUUGUCACCACCACCCUCGGUGCCCCCACCACCGCGGGCGCCGACUCGAACAACACCCUCCUCAACGCCGGUGCCGAGACCACUCCCCCCGUCACCGGCCGCUCCGUCAAGGAGAUCCGCCAGGCCACCUUCUCCCCCGAGAUCUUCCUCGGCUGCGAGAAGGCGAACGAGGUCAUCCACCAGACCCUCACCCGCGGCAACUGGGACGAGGUCAAGAUGUUCCGCCGCGGCCAGAUCAACACCCUCUCGGCCGAGGUGGCGUUCAAGAUCAAGGAGGCCGAAACCAAGGGUUACGAGGUGUUCGUCGCGGCGAUGGAGCUCAAGAACCCGGGCGCCGGCACCAUGCGCCGCCGCGCCUUCAGCGGCGAGUUCUCGCUCUACCUCAAGAUCGACGAGAACUACGUCGGCUAA